AUGGCUGACCAGUCCAAUCAUACUCCUCCCCCUCCAACGAAUCCCCGAGUUCCACAGGUUGCUCUCAAUAACACCGCCACACGCCCGCUGCGCACCUUACUCCCCGCCCCUCGAGGCUUGGAUCCUGACAUCGAAGGCAGCUCCCAGCAGGGGUUGGCUCAAUCACAAGGUGUCAGACAGCACCAUGAGGUAGAAAAUACCGCGAGAGUCGUGUCGAUGGCAAACCGUACUCUGACCUCCGCUGCCACCAGUUCAACUCCUGACUACAUGUUUGUCAAUCCGAGCGACCUGAUCCAACCCAGCACCAACGGCCAAGAUGAAGACGUCACCAUGGAUGACGCCUUGACGGGGACAGGUUGUCUGUCUAACUGGGAUCUUCCAUGCGGUCAACCUUCCUGCAUUUUCUGUGGACAACGUCAAGGUGAUGCGGGAGGGUCCAGCGCUGGAUCUCAGCAAGUCGGGAACCCCCCGACUCCAUCUUCACGUACUUCACCGUGUCCCCCGCCCCUUGAUUUCACAUAUAUCCCGGAGAUCGACAACUACUUGUUCGAACCCCCGUCGGAUACGGCAACCGAAUUGGCGUACCCAUCGUGGAUCAUCAGCGAGGAAGAUCGUCAACAGUAUCGAACUGCUAUGAUUGCACGUCGGAUUGAUGAGCGGGCAAACCCUGGACCACGAGGACAACAACUGCAACCUGGUGUGGAUUCUACCGCUGAUUCCUCAUCGGCCAAUCAAACUCAGCCAGUAGUUCCACAAACUUCUUCGCACCCCCCUGUCCAGUCGUCUGCUCAGAAUGCACAACCCCAAGCAGCCAACACGCAGUCUUCUCCUCCUGUUCCAGACAACAACAGCUCUCCCUUUGUAUUCAUGGUCACCGAGCGAGAACUGCCCCUUGGGUACUGGAAACCUCACUAUGCACUGCCAGGCUCUAUACAGUUCGUGCCCACGAAGUUUUCGUCCGACACGACCGACAAACCUAGCUCGGUCGCUGCCGUAGAGGUUGACUCGGUCGGAAACCCCCUGAUGGAUGUUUACAUCAUCACAAAGGAUGGCAAGUCACUCGGUAGGUGGGUCACCUUUGCAGGACCGGGAGGUUACAAACAACCCAUGCCGGUGGAAUUCGAAUUUUGCGAUCCAGAGUCACCUCGUUCAUCGUCCCGGCCUAGAACUAGAACCAGAACUGUGCCUUCGUCAUCAUCAAACUCACGUUCAAAACAACGCCGUCCUGGUUCCGGUUCUGGCGCUGGCUCUGGCUCGAGAUCCAGCUCUACUUCGAGUUCCGGUUCUCGUUCCAGAAGCAAUUCUCGCUGCAGACGAAAUCCAUACAUGUCCAGAACGGCCUCACGGGAACUGGACAAGCAACGAGAAGCAAGACGCCUCGCAAGAAAACAAGAACUCGUGGACCGAAUACGUGCAGAAGUCCGGGCACAACGUGAACGCCGGCUUGCCGCAGACAGAGAACGGACCGAACGCAGAGAACGCAGAGACCGACGACGUGGAUCAUCCUCGACAUCUUCUUCCUGGUCGUCCGCUUGAAACUCUAUCCCCACUCAACAUUGAAACGAUAUAUAUAUCUACGGACUGUGUAUAUACAUACAUCAUAUCAUCGCAACGGUGUCUCAACAACAAGGCAGGCAGGUCCUGUCCAAGGUAAGUCGGAAAAAAAAAGGUAAGGUCCCCCUCCUUCUUUUCCAGCGCCUCUUUUUUUCUUCUUCCCUUUGAAAACAGACCAAAAAUGGUUGCCGCAGAGCGCUCCAAGGCUCGACUGCCAACACUGUCAGCAACAACAACCACCAAAAAAAGGAAAAAAGGUAGGAAAACAAUCAACAUAAAAAGAGAGAGAAAGG